AUGCCUUCAACUUCCCGGACGUUCCUAGCCUUUCAGCACGAUGGCAAGAUCCAACGAAUUGAGGCAACAGUGAUAUCAGUUCGGCCUUUCAGCGCCCUUGACGAGUCAAAUCGCCAGGUUUUCAAAACUGGCGGUGAUGAGGACUAUGUAGUGGUCGUCGACAAAACGAUAUUUCAUCCGCAAGGAGGCGGCCAACCUUCGGACGUUGGCACAAUGACCGGGAAGACAGGUCUAAUUUUUACGGUCACGGCUGUUCGUAUGGAUGUUGUCUGUGAUGGCCAAGUCAUGCAUCUAGGCCAUUUUUCAACCGACGAUGCUGCAUCAUCUGUCAGUAUUUUCAAAUGUGGUCAAAUUGUGGAACAAGUCAUCAAUGUCGACAAGCGCCUACUAUACUCUCGACUUCAUACGGCAGGACAUGUUCUAGGCGCAUCUGUCAGACAUCUCGUUAAAGAUGAAGUUAAGGAUUUCGCAGAGCUAAAAGCAUCGCAUUUUCCGGGCGCGGCAGGUUGCGAGUUCCAAGGCCUCAUUGACGGCAAAUGGAAGGAUGCCAUCCAGAAGAAGGUCGAUGAAUCAAUUGCCGCCAAACUGCCUGUUAGUGUGGAAUGGUGGGACGAAAUUGACUUUCGCAACAAAGGAUUAGAGUACUUACUCCCAGAUAGUAGUCUGGUCGCUCCGGGUGAGAAGUUUCGUAUGGUCAAUAUUGCCGGCCUAGAUGCUUAUCCUUGUGGAGGGACACACGUCGAAACGACAGAUCUAUGUGGCCAUACGACUGUAAAAAAAAUAACGCGGAAACAAGGACAAUCCAAAGUCAGCUAUUCUCUCGAUUAA